GAGAACUGUUGACUGACAGGGAUGCCUGCCUGAACUGGGGCCUGCCCCACUUGGGAACGGGAGCUGGCCUUGUGAGCACCAGAUCUGGGAGAUGGCUUUGCUGUGUUACAACAAGGGCUGUGGGCAGAGAUUUGACCCAGAGAAGAACACCCAGGACUCUUGUCUCCAUCACCCAGGCUUUCCUAUCUUCCAUGAUGCCUUGAAGGGCUGGUCUUGCUGCAAGAAACGAACCACUGACUUCUCCGAAUUCCUCUCCAUAAAGGGCUGCACAAAAGGGUAUCACAGCAAUGAAAAGCCCCCAGAGCCUGAGGAGGUGUUGGCAGAGUCAAAGAGCAAAACUAAAACUGAGAUCAUUGUCCAGGGGCCCAAGUCAGCAGAGAGCAUGGAGCGUGAGAGGCCCAGUGCUGAUGAACCAAUGAAGCUACUGCUGAUGAAGGUCUCUGGGUCCUUGGAGCAGGCCCUAAAGAAGUUUGAUUUGUCUUUCAAGGACCAACCUCCAGUGCAGGACUCUGUGGGCACCGGUGCUGUCCUGGAGGUGAACCUUGGCACCACCUGCAAGAACUCUGGUUGCAAGGCGGUUUAUCAAGGGGAAGAGAGCAAUACAGAGACCUGCAUAUUCCACCGAGGGAUCCCUGUCUUCCAUGAGGGCAUGAAAUACUGGAGCUGCUGUGCAAUUAAAACAACAGACUUCACUGCAUUCCUGGAGCAGAAAGGCUGCAGCAGAGGGAAGCACACCUGGCUGAAGAAGCAGGACAAGAAACUGGUGUCUUGCCGGCAAGACUGGCACCAAACCAGCAGCCAAGUGGUGGUAACUAUCUAUGCCAAGACUCCUCUGCCAAAGCUCAGCUCUGUGAAGGCCAACCGUACUGUACUUGACAUCCAUAUCAUCUUUGAGGGAGAUAAGGUUUUCCAGGCAAAGAUGGAUCUUUGGGGGGUCAUCAAUGUGGAGAAAAGCUGUGUGACUAUGGUGCCUUCCAAGGUGGAAAUUACCUUGCAGAAGGACAGCCCGGUCACCUGGGCCAGGCUGGAGCACCCACAGAGCAGACCUCAAGGAAAGCAGCAGCUGGAGGCAGAUGACUUGGGAAAUCAGGAGGCUGGAGGAGCUUCCCAGGAGGAAUCGGAUGACAGCUUGAGCUGGUCAGAGGAAGACGAGGAGCAGUGGGAAGGAGGCCAGGAUGCAACCCUUUCCAGCCUGGUUUCUAAUGGCAACUGAGUGCACAUGGCCACUGGAUUAUGGGACUGGGGACAGGAGAGAAUGGACUGUCUUCCAUUUAAGGCACUACUCCUUAGGGCAAGACAGAAGGGCAGUAGCCCUGGGGUAUGGCAGGAGUACCCACUGCUGGCUAAAGCUUUAGAGUUGUCUGGGAACUGGCACCUACAAUUUCUCAUAGUCUUUUAGGCUCUUACUGUACAGCUGUUUCUUACCUCUGAAAUAAAAGAUGCUUUGAGUAUGGGAGAAGACCGAAAAUGUUCUGCAACUGUUA